AGUCUAAAAGUCUCACAUUUUUAAUUCAUCUUUAUUGAGCAGACGUGGACUAAUUAGCGGACAUGGUGCAAUACCGGACAGGUGUUACUCGAUUUAUCCGAAGACAGAGACGGGGAUGUACAUAAUCUUUCUCCAUUCGCAUUUAUUUCGGGUUUUAUCCUGCGAAUGUGCCCUUUGCCCCUUUAUUUACGCACUGAACUGCGCCAUUCUGAAUGCCCUUUUCGUGCAGUCUUUAGCUCUCCGUCGUGUAUUCCCCGCAUAGAGAUAUCUGUAUACCGCUUCCUCAGUUGGCUGUGAGGCGCAUACAAAAGUUGCAGCGGUCGCGACUGCUAAUGCGCGUUAGCUAGCGCGCUCGAGUUCUCAAACGAGCCGUCUUAAGUAUGAAAACGGCUUAUAUUCGCUGUUGACAGCCGGUAUACGGUGUCGUUGGUUUAAAACGACACAGAGGAAUGACAUAAGCUAGCGUUCACACGGAGUGCCCGUUUCUGUUUCGACCGCGUACAACUGAAGCGGCGGUAUUUGUAUGCUCGGUGGCACUUCGGUGACAUUAGCGUCACUGUCAGCUCGUUUGUCGAUUUGUCGGGUUUUAUUCAGCUUUUGUUGUGUUUUUGUAAUCGCAUGGCUGAAGGGUAACUUGUACUGGAGUUUUCGUUUGGAGGGGCGUUUACCGUGUUGAAGCUAGCAGGAGCUUUUUGACGGUAGAUCACGGGCUGCCGGGAGUUUGACAAGCAGCUUAUGUAAUGCUGGCGAUUCCCCGCUCGACCGCAACAGACGAAUAAACAGCGGGUAUUCAGAGUGCGACGAAGUUUAUGUCGUGACACGACUUGUAGGCGUCGUCAUUACGGUGCAUUUAUGUGUGCUUUCUUCCCGUGAGUUGUUGCGACUCGCUGCUGUUGAAACACUGUGUCGAAGCUGCUGCGCGUCUUGUAAAAAUCUAUCGAACAUGCGGGAAGUUCAACGAAAAGCUAUUGCGGACACCAUCUGAACGCUUAAACAGCUUUGGACUUGUAAAGAAAUGCAUUUUUCGUCAAAAAUCUUGUAAAGGAUUAAGAUAUGGACGGUGGACAAAAAUGCAGCAGUAACAAUGCUGAGAAUUUAACUUUGGGGGAUUGUAUCGAGAGAGGCUUCGUGCCUGAUAUUGGUGUCAAUGUGUCCUCUUUAAAUACGCCAAAAGAUUUCUCGAAUGGACAGAGCGGUAGUGACGCUCAAAGAAAUCUCUCGGUGGCAAAUCCAUCCUUAAUGGGACGUAACAUACAAGAACCAGAUGUUAUGGCGUAUAAACCUUUCAGAAUGCAGCACCAGCAAAAGGUAAAAGAGCCCCUCAUAGGGGAGAACUUUUCGCUCUUGGACGAGAGCAUUGCAGACUUAAAUCGUGGUUCUGGCAUCCAGGCCCCUGACACUUUUACAAUGAAAAUGGAGCAGUUUUCCCCGAUAGAGAAAGAUAGGCUGGACUUUCCACCCUAUGGCCACCUGGAUAAGGAAUUGGAUGGUAAUGAGAGAGUGAUUGGAGACAACACCAUUGACAUCCUUAAGGAUCUAGACUUACCUGACUCCCUAUCUGACCUGAAUGAGCUCUACGUUGCCGACGAGGCUGCCUUUCUUUCCUCGUUGGCUGUGGAUGAUGCCCUGCUGGGAGAGAGCAACUUUCUGAAGGAUACCAGCCCUGUUGUCACUGGCAACAGUGCAGCCUACACAAAUGUGAACGGCAUGGGGAAACGGCAGCAGAUGGUAGAAGCCAGUGUCAACAUGCCGGUCAUAAAGACAGAGAAAGACACAGACUUUAUCCAGCUGUGUACACCGGGUGUCAUCAAACAGGAGAAUGAGAGGCGGAGCUACUGUCAGAUGUCAGGGAUGGGUGGGCCUCACGGUGGGCCCGCCACGUUGGGAGAUAUGGGCGGACAGACAUACCACUAUGGAGCCAACACCGCCUCACCUGUGAGUUUACCAGAUCAGAAACCUCCUUUCGGCCUGUUUUCUCCCCUACCCAACUUAAGUGAUGGCUGGGUUCGAGGAAAUGGAUAUGGAGAUCCGUCUGGGAUGCAGAGAGCCAAUGAGACUGUACUUCCGACAACCUAUCCAUACAGCAGCUCUUUGGCCAGGCCUGAAGCGAGCAGCUCCAGUUCGUCUGGAUCAGUCAAGCCCGGCGGAAACACCCAUAAGAUCUGCCUGGUGUGCUCCGAUGAGGCCUCUGGGUGUCAUUAUGGGGUGCUCACCUGUGGCAGCUGCAAGGUUUUCUUCAAAAGAGCUGUAGAGGGGCAGCACAACUAUCUCUGCGCUGGAAGGAAUGAUUGCAUCAUAGACAAGAUAAGAAGGAAAAACUGCCCGGCAUGCCGCUUUCGCAAGUGUCUUCAGGCCGGCAUGAACUUGGAAGCUCGAAGAAACAAGAAACUGAUGCGAUUACGGGGUCAUUCGUCCUCAAGUGAGCAGGCCCCAGCUCUGCCUGAAGAGAGCAUGUGUUCACUGGUGCCCAAAGCCAUGCCCCAGCUGGUGCCCACCAUGCUGUCCCUGCUCAAAGCCAUUGAGCCUGAGAUCAUUUACGCGGGUUACGACAGCACCAUCCCGGACACCUCCACCCGCCUCAUGACCACACUUAACCGUCUGGGAGGCCGUCAGGUCAUCUCUGCAGUCAAGUGGGCCAAAUCCCUUCCUGGCUUCAGAAACCUGCACCUGGAUGACCAGAUGACGCUGUUGCAGUGCUCCUGGCUCUUCCUCAUGUCCUUCGGCUUGGGCUGGAGAUCCUACCAGCAGAGUAACGGAGACAUGUUGUGUUUCGCUCCAGACCUCGUCAUCAAUGAGGAGAGGAUGAAACUACCCUACAUGAAUGACCAGUGUAGCCAGAUGCUGAAGAUCACCAAUGAGCUGGUCAGGCUGCAGGUGUCCAAUGACGAGUAUCUCUGCAUGAAAGUGCUCCUCCUCCUCAGCACAGUACCAAAGGACGGCCUUAAAAGCCAAGCUGUGUUUGAUGAAAUCCGCAUGUCGUACAUCAAGGAGCUGGGCAAAGCCAUUGUUAAACGCGAGGAGAACUCCAGCCAGAACUGGCAGAGGUUCUACCAGCUCACUAAGCUUUUGGACUCAAUGCAGGAGAUGGUGGAGGGGCUUCUCAACUUCUGUUUCUACACAUUUGUGAAUAAAUCUCUGAGCGUGGAGUUUCCUGAGAUGUUGGCGGAGAUCAUCAGCCAUCAGCUACCAAAAUUUAAAGACGGGAGUGUCAAGCCUCUUCUGUUCCAUCAGAAAUGACUGCCUUAAGAUCAUAGCAAUGCCUUAACGCCACCUUUUUCUUACCAGCGCUAGUCCAGCCUGCCCGUUUCCCCCCAAACAUCCUGAAUGAACUGAGGGAUACAUUCGCUUUUGCUUGAUUCUCAGAGGAAAGAGGUGAAGGGCGCUCUUCAGAAAUGUUCAUGGAGCAUGGUUCAUGUACUUGGAACAGACGGAAUAUGACUUUGAGAAGUUAGGUUUUUAGUGACGUUCUCUUUUUUUGCAUGUACACUGCUUAAAAGUUUACAAAGGUAUAUCAAAAAAGGGAAAUGUGCCUUUUUUGCGCUUUGCGAAUCAAUUUCGAACAUUUCUCAGGCUAACGCAAUGACUUGGCAUACAAAAUUGAUGUCGAUGAUUCACAUUCGUCACGUCUGUCUCUGCCCGUGUCUAAACCUGCCGCGGUGGUUCUCUGGAGGUGGCAGCUCAGCGCUCUCCAGAGGUGCUAGAGAUUUUGAAGCAGCCCAUGAAACAUAAGCCCAUAUUAUGCAGUUUUUUUAAGUCUCAUCGAAUCUCCAAAUCAUAAAACAAUUUUACCUGGAGCACCAUGAAAAUGCCACAAGAUAAUUCAAUUCAAAUCAAUAUCUGUUCCAUGACUGACAUUAAAUACUGAGUUGUUUCUUUGUUUUUUUUGAAUAGGUUCCACUGAAAUGUAAUUUGUAGGGAUAGGUCACCCAAAAAAAUCUUUCCCCAAAUUUUUCCAAUGUUUAAUUCACCCUCAUGUUAUUUCAAACCUAUGACUUUCUUUACACCGUGGAACACAAAAUGAGAAAUUCUAAAUAAUUUCCUGGUUGCUAUUUUCUAAUUAGUUGCAAUGAAUGGUGGCUGAAGCUUCAAAAAUGAAACAAAGACAACAUGGAAGUCUUGUAAAAGUGGCUCAUCUAUGACUCAUUCUCCGUUUUCCAAGUCUUAUGAAUUCAGACAAUAGCAUGGUGUGAUGAGCAAACCUAAAUCAAAGUCAUUAUUCACUGAAAAUUCCCCCUUAGUGAGCUGUUGAGAACCAGAUC